AUGUCGACAACUCCUCAAGCCAAGCAGGCAGGUUUCGUGAAGCUUGAACUUCGCACGGCUUACGGGCCGGUAUAUCGCAAUGUAUCGACCAACCCGCCGCGGGAUGCUCGAUCGGACGAGAUCCCGUUGAUCGAUCUCAGUCCGAUAUACGACGACGAUUUGGAGGCUCGACAGGCGCUCGCCCGAACCAUCAGGCAUGCGGCCGAGAAUACGGGGUUCUUCUACAUUCGAAACCAUGGCAUCCCUGAAGCCGUCAUCCAAGCUGCUCUAGACGCCUCAAGGGCCUUCUUUGCGCAGCCUGAGGACAAGAAGAUGCUGGUUUCAAAGGCCAAAGGGAAAUGGUACAAUGGCUAUUCGGCCAAGAAUACCGCAAUGGCGAGUCCCUCGGAAGGAUUGGACUACCGCGAGUCUUUCUCGUGGCGAUACGAGCCACAAUACGACCCCGAUCCGAAGGACCCUGACGCCGUGCCCGCGGAAGUCCGGCCGUAUAUUCGUGGCGAGAACUAUGUCUGGGAAGGCACAGAGCACUUAGCGGGCUUCAAAAAAGGCUGUAUCGCCUACUGGCAGGAAUGUCUCAAGCUUGCCCGCAGGCUCGUCGGCGUAUUCGCUCUCUGCCUCGACCUCCCCGAGACUUACUUCGACGCCGUGACGACGUACCCCGGAAGCGACGGCGUGUUCAACUACUAUCCCGCAAUGUCACCAGAAGAUGCCGCAAAGAGUCAAGAUAUCGGGCUGGGAUCGCACACGGACCUGCAAUGCUUCACGCUGCUUUGGCAAGACAUGAACGGCGGGCUGCAGGUGCUUAACAAGGAAGGACAGUGGAUCAAGGCGACGCCACUCGAAGGGACCUUCGUCGUCAACAUAGGCGACUAUCUGAUGCGUCUGACCAAUGACCGGAUGAGGUCGACGGUGCACAGGGUCUACAACCGUUCCACGGUCGACAGGUACUCAAUGCCAUUCUUCUUCGGGUUCAACUUCAACGAGAAGUGCGGCGUGCUGCCCAGCUGCGUGGACGACGACAAUCCGCCCAAGUACGAACCGAUCUCGUGUGGGGACUGGUGUCAGUUGCGGUUCCAGCAAACGGACAUGGACAACACCAAGGCUGCCGCCGUGUACUGA